GGUGUCAAAGUGGGGGGCGGGGUAGGUCACGUGUGCCGUCAGACGAUGACCUCAGUAAUGGUUCCCGAACCUGGAACUCUAUGAACCUAUACCACCACUGACUCCGUCUCAAUAUCCGAUGGGAAAAUGGGAGAAUGUUCCAGCCCGACGCAAGCUGAUUUGAAUGAGGAGCUGGAAUCAAUUCUACAAGCCAACAUUGAUGCUGGAGCCCCAGGUCUUUCCGCAGCAAUCAGCGCCUCUCGGGGAAUCGUAUGGCAAUCCACGGCAGGAUUCGCAAAUAUAGAAUCUCAAGAAUCGAUCAGCAAAACCCAUCUAUUCGGCAUAGGCAGUAUCACUAAAGUGUUCGUCACCGUCAUCAUACUUCAACUCAUUGACGAAAAGCUCCUCAAGUUAUCGGACAUUGUCAACGAAUUUUUGGACAAAAGUAUCUUCUACAAGAUCGAAAAUGCCAGCACAGCCACUAUCGGAGGACUAUUGAGUCAUACGGCUGGUGUUGAGAGCUGGGAAGAUGACCCGAAAUGGAUCGUCGAAGGGAGGGGCAAGGAGUUGGACACGAGUUGGAUCUGGGGAAAGACGGAUACGUUGGAGUAUAUCAGACGACCAUCUUCACUUACGAGAGGAAAGUACUCCUAUGCGAAUACGAACUUCACCCUCCUGGGAUUGAUCAUUGAGAAGAUUACGAAGCAUUCAGCAGAAAGCGAGAUACGGCGAAGAAUCCUCGAGCCUCUAGGCUUGAAAGAUACAUUUCUGGAGGGAUUUGAAGAAUGUCCAAGACCGGAGUCUGGAAGAGUUCCUCAUCGUUAUCACUACGCUACAGACAAGUUCCGCGAGAACGCUGGGAUAUGUCCGUCAUUUUCUCAACACAUGUGGAAGAAAAACUCCCUCAUCGACGCAACAGGGUCAAACCUAUCCGUAGAAUGGGUUGCUGGCGGAAUGGUCACUUCUCCAUCCGACCUCCUCAAGUUCGUCACUUCUCUCCGAGACGGAAAGCUCUGCAGUCCAGCAUCCAUGAAAAUCCUAAAAGCAUGGCAGCCGGCAGAUGGAGCGGAAAUGGGUCAUGGACUCUUCCGAAUCAAAAGUCCGUCCGGAAUGUGGUUAGGUCAUAAUGGUAGUGUGCUGGGCUUUACGGGUGCGGUUUGGUGGAAAGAAGAUGCUGAUUGUGUUGUUUGUGUUUUGGCGAAUGUGGGCACGAUGCAUUGUGGGGAUGUUCCUUCGAGUUCGGCGCAUGUUGCGCUGAAUCCGCGGUUCUUGGAAUUGGCCACGGAGCUGGCUGCAUAUGAGGCUUAAAGCAAUGCACCCACUGGUUGAAGGUUGUAACUGCAGAUGGGCUUAGGCCGAUGGGCAGGAUUUAUCGUAUUGUUCUCGAGAGACGAAAAUCUAUCUCCCUUUUCAGAGAUGGAGAAAGUAAUGGCACAAUGAAGUAGCUUAUGUACAUGUACAGGUGCUGAUAAGACUCU